GAGCAAUGUAACACAGACGCAGACGCAGACGCAAUCAAGAACCACAGUCAAGAAACACAGUCAGCCAUCAUCAAGUUCAACCUCUUAAAAACAUUUAAACAUUUACCUAAACAUCAACAACUUUGUUGCCUACCACUUCGCCUGCUAUUCUAGCAUAAACAAACAAAUACACACUUUCACGAUCACGGCUGCUGCUACGAAAUAUUAUUACGAAUAAACCGAUCGAGAACGUAGACCGUUAGCUAGGGUUUGUUGGUAUUCUACAAGGCCUUUGCCAUUGAAUCGCAAACAGACCCAUCCGUCCCGAUUUAUCCAGUCGUCGUCAGCGCCCGUCUCCGGUCAAGGCUUUCGACUUUCGACCUCCCGCCUUCGAUAUUAUCGACAUAGUCAGUCCAUCGACGACUAUCAAUCUUCAAGAUGUCUCUCAAGGACGAGUUUGCGACGAGGAACUUCAGUAUCUACGGACAAUGGCUUGGAAUCCUGUCUAUGCUCCUAUGCUUUGCGCUGGGUAUCUCGAACCUGUUCUAUCUUUUCCUCCACCCUCUCAUCAUCAUCUUUGCCAUCUUCGCUCUCGUCUCCUGCUUCGUCAUCCUCUUCAUUGAGGUGCCCCUCCUACUCCGAAUCUGCCCUACCUCGGCCGCGUUUGAUGCUGCGAUCCGCAAGGUUUCGACUAACUACAUGCGUGCCGCUACUUACGGCGUCAUGGCCAUUAUUCAGUGGGUUAGCAUUGCCGUCGCUGCAACGUCCUUGAUCGCCGCCGCUGUCGUCCUGACUUUCACGGCCCUUUGCUAUGCCCUUGCUGGUGUCAAGGGCCAGGCCUUCGUCGGAAGUAAGACGCUAGGCGGUGCAGGUGUUGCACAAAUGAUCGUAUGAUCGGGUAAUAAUGUGGGACAAGUCAACAACCUCGAAGGCUAGGAGAACGCAACACUAUACUCCCUGGCUUGCAUAGGGGCAGUUGACGAGGAAAUAUCAUUACCAACAUGAUACCAACAUGAUCGACGAACGUCCGGGAACCUCAGUAAAAGGAGCUGUGUCAUCUGUGAAGGGAGUGUAGCUUUUGGGUCUUGUUCUUUUUAUGCAGAUGGGAAAAAAAAAGGAGGGUUUGCAUUGUCUUUUGAUAUUCAGGGAACGGCGUAACGGAAUACGAUGCAAGCAAGACGGCUGCGGAAUGUUCUUGUUUUCCCGGACUCGUUAAUGCAUCCAGAAUGGAAGAGAUACCCCAGUCUGGUGCUGGUGUUUUGAAUCGGAUACCACGUUUAAACCUCUUA